AACAACAAACACACACAACAGUUACAACCAAACUCACUUUAAAGCCUUAUAUACAAAAAAAUCAACAACCACACUAGCGAAUAAUUUACACAAACAACAAAUUGCAUAGGAAAGCCAGACGAAAAAGAAGGAGUACAUAAUAGCAAGUUGACAAGUAAGAUCAAGCAAACAAAUAGCAAGAAAAUUAGAAAUAAGAAGAACAUGGCCGAGGAACAUAGUGACCUGCCUAGUGACUUCGAGUUGCAGCAGCUGUUGAAGAAAUCGCUGGCCGAAUACACCAUUAAUAACAUCGUCACCCGAGACGGGCUCAGUUCGGACUCUGAAAACGACAACGACGACGUCGACGUUGACGCCCUUGCAGAAGCAUAUUUCCAGUCACAUUCGCGGCAGCAGCAUCAGACAGAGCAGCGGCAGCAACCACAACCGCAGCAGGCGCAACCACAGUUAACAUUUACUGUUAACGACGAAGACAUUGAAAAUUUGAAUCCAAAUUUCGCUGUUAGGGCCGAAGACGACCAAAAUUUACAGCCAGCAUUCACAGUUAAGGCCAACAACGAGAACAGUGACAGCGACAACAACAAUAACAAUAACAAGAACAACAACAACGCAAAAACUGCAACUGAGUUGGUCGUCGAUCAGGACACCACCAACAACAACAACUACACUCAGCCCAAAGAUCAAGCUCAACGCAGAGUUGAGGAUUUGCAAUUUAAGGUUUCCGGAUCUAUCGUUACCAACGCUACUAAGCAUCAACGUAAGAAUCCGAUAACAAUUAAUACACUACAUCGUCCGCAAAUUAAGGGUAAUCGUGGCAUGGCAACAUUGCUGCAACAGCAGCAGGAACAAAUACAAAGACAAAUAACAGCUGCAGCUAAGAGCGAACCAGAAGUGCCGGCAUCGUCAACAUAUGUCUCACCAAGUGCUCGACUACUUGCCCAUAUAACCCGUGCUGAGGCAGCCCAAUUAGCUUUAAAAGCAUCGGCACCGAAACCGCCAUCAACUAUCCUUACAGUCUCGCCGACAAUAUUCACCAAAGCUCGUCCCGGAUACCCAAAUCUGCCGCCGGAACGUAUACAGCUCGAGGAGCAUCAGCUGAAGCAGCUGCAGCCGUAUAUUGUGGUUAGACCACCGCUCCGUACCGUCGCUAGCAAUCCGCCGGUAGCCAAACCCAAUGCCAAUGCAUCCGCUGCCAACAGUGGCCGCGUUCUCACAUUCAGCCAGUAUCAGGCCUUAAUACAACAGCAGCAACAACUUAAGCAACUACAACAGCAACAACAGCAGCAGCAUCAUCAAGCAGGAUCAGGAAACAUAAUCAGUACCAGUGGCCUGGCCAGGGCUGGCAAUCCGCCGCCUCAAUCAACCAGUCUGCUCAUGCAAAACGAAAUGGUCAGCAUUCCAAAGGGAAAUUUGAAUGGCAGCCUUAAGACGACGACGUCCCAAAGCAGCGCAGUUUUGGCGAAUGCGCCGCGAGUCUAUUUGGCCCCUUCCUCCAGUUUUAUAGCAGCUAAGGGCCUGGGCAAUACAGCCGUUGGUGGUACAGCUGGUGGCACCACAGGCGGCAUCACCACAGUGACAACGCCAGUACGGCACUUCUCGCAAAUAGGCAAACCACAGACCUUGCCGCCGCCCAUCCAGCCAUUGGGUGGCGGCGGUGGUAGUGGUGGUGCUACUGCUGGAGGUGGUGUUGGAGGAACAGGCGCGACAUUUCAAUUAUUCGCUGCCGGUCAGCGCAAGCUGCUCAAUGGCGAUGCCAUGAUGCUAUUGAAUGGCAACAAGCCGCUGAUAUUCGCGUCGCAUGGCGGGAUCGGCGGCAUCGGCAAUGACAAGACGACAGUUCCUAAUGGCAACAAAGCAACAACGUUGGCUGGCGUGGGCUCUAAUCUGUUCAUGGGCGUGUCAAUGCCCGCCGCUCUUCCACGUCCAUCCACAUCAAAAUCUGAUUUGUACAUCAAUGCAGCAUCAGUAACAAACCAAAAGCAAGAACAACAGCUGGAGACUGUGAUCAUAAGUGAGAUGUCUGGCGACGCGCCAACAGAAGAAGCAAUAAAAAGCCCCACAGAUGCUGCUACUCUUGAUCCCACAGAGGCAACCACAAUAAAGCUGCAAGAGCAACAGGAGCCAAUAUCCCUUGCUAAGGGCGACGAUGAGGCCGAGCCCGAACUGGACAUUGUCAUCAACAAUGUGGUCUGUUCCUUCAGCGUGCGCUGCCACCUCAAGCUGCGCGAGAUCGCUCUCCACGGCUCCAAUGUCGAAUAUAGGCGCGAGAACGGCAUGGUUACCAUGAAGCUCCGUCGCCCCUAUACCACGGCCUCCAUUUGGUCAUCGGGCCGCAUUACGUGCACGGGCGCCACCUCAGAGGCGCAGGCAAAAAUUGCAGCUCGUCGGUAUGCCCGGUGUCUGGGGAAACUGGGCUUCCCGGUUCGUUUCCAGAACUUCCGGAUUGUGAAUGUUUUGGGGACCUGCAGCAUGCCAUGGGCCAUAAAAAUAGUCAAUUUUUCGGAGCGGCAUCGCGAGAAUGCCAGCUACGAACCAGAACUGCAUCCAGGCGUUACCUAUAAGAUGCGUACGCCCAAAGCGACGCUCAAAAUAUUCUCCACAGGCAGCAUUACAGUGACUGCCGCCAGCGUCAAUGAUGUGGAAUCGGCCAUACAGCACAUAUAUCCGUUGGUGCACGAGUUCCGCAAGCAAAGAUCGGCGGAGGAGCUGCUUCAUUUGCGUCAAAAGCAGGGAAAGUUGGGACUGGCGGGUCCUUCGGUCGCUGACAUUGAGGCGGCACUCGCCGACAAGGCCAAGACAGCGGCCGAGAACGAUUUGUUUGUCAACAUGACCCCUGCCCACACCACUCUGAACAACAACAACAGCAAUAGCAACAACAAUAUUAAUAAUAACAACAACAAUAGUCUGAGCACCUGCGGUUUAACGAACGCGACAAUCGCCUCCCCGCAACUAUUGGAGCAGUAUAAGCAGUAUCGCCACCUGGAGGAGCAGACAAAUUUGGAGCGUCGCCACAUCCCUUUCAACGAGGCCAAUGGGCCGAGCACCUCAAGCGGCAUCAUCAGCGGCGCCACCACCACAACCACCGGUAGCAGCAGCAGCAGCAGCAGUAGCUCCAAUAUCUGUGCCAAUGCGCGUCGUCGCGCCACAGAAUGUUGGGCCAGCAAGCUGCAGAAUAAGCGACCCCGCUAUAACGAUCCCAGCUCCACAGCUACGGCGAAUGCCAGCGCUUUGGCAAAUCGCAUGUCGGGUCCCGGUGGUGGUAGUGUUAGUGGUGGUGGUGGAGGAGGAGGAGGAGCAGGCGGAGUAGCAGGAGGCGGAGGCUACGGUGGGUUUAACAGCGGCGGAGUUCGAGGAAAUGGGGGCAUCGGAAUUGCCGGCAAUCGUAGACGUCCGCCCGUGGAGUCUGUGCUGAAGCAAAGCAGCUCCCGAGGCCGGAAUGCGCCCAAUGCAAGACGCCGUUCCUCGUCGCCGCACGGCUUCAAGGUGGACGAUCUGAUCGAGGAGGACGACGAUCUGGGUUGUCAGUAUUGAGGAAAUCAGCCAGCAAACCAAAUCAAUUGUCUGAGAAUUGUGUUUUGUUGAUACGAACGAGUUGCCUAUGCCAAAUUUUUAGAUUUUUAGGAAACACCUAACACUCACACUCAAAAACACCCAACACACACCCAAACACACACACACAAACACGCCAAAAAGAAGAAGGAAAACAUGAUUUGGGACUUUAAAAAUAUGUAAAUUAUGGAUGACGGAUGGAUUAUGGUGGCAGUUUUGUGAGCGAAGAAAGCACAGAUUAUGUUUGCAGUGGGCGCGCAUUUAUAAUUUAAACAAAAGCAGCAGAGGACCCAACAACGACCAACAACACAACACAACACACACAAAUCCAGUCCCCUUUGUUUAAAAUUAUUUUUUUGGACCAAAACCAAGAAUCAAAAAAAUAACAUAAACGGCAGAGUCGCGAAAUCUUUUGCUUUCCAAAAUCGCAUAAAAAGCAAAUCAAAAAACCAAACAGAACACAACAAAAACUAAUGGAAAGAAGCGGAGAAAACAGACAGCAAACAGCAAAACGGAUGCAACAACAAAAAUAUUAAAAUAGUAAAAACGAGAACCAAAUAUUUACAUUUAAGGUUACAUUUAGAGACAGUUAUUUUAAGAAGAAGAAAAAACAAAACAAAAAAAUCGCAAUAACAAUAACGUCGUCGAUUUGAUGUGAACUGCGGAUAUAAUCAACCGACAUAUAUAACAUAUAUAUAUAUAUAUGUACAUAUACGUAUGCAUCAGUUACGUAUUUGGAAGCCGAGAAUAGCAACAACAGCAACUACAGCAACAACCACAAGCAAGGAAGAGACGGAAAGCAGCGAUUGAAUAAAGAAAAAGAAGAUGAAGAAAAGAUCGAUCACGACAGAUUACAACAAUGCCCCGAGGUUUUUUUUGUUUUUUUUUUUUAUUUAGAUGUAGAUCUAUGUGAGCAAACCACCGCCUAUGAAUACUGUAAUCUAUAAAUAAACUAACUAUUACUACUA